AUGCCUUCAACCACUCUAAUCGACGUAUCUGCGCAAACCUCAAAUGUUCCCUCAGAUGCUCGGAUCAAAGAACUUUUCGAGGAAGCCGCCGCAAGGCAACUGUCGCCACAGGGCUUGCUGCUGCUACAACAAUUUUUGCGGGAUCCGAUGAAGGGCAAAGCUCAGCAUGAUCUGGAGCAAGUACUAAACGACUGGCUCGAAGCCUUUUAUUCUGCAGAGACCGAGAUCUCCGGCAAAGACAAAUCUAGGCUCGCAGCACCAGGUGGCCCGCCAGAUGCGCUUCUUGGUCUUAUCCUCCACGUUCAAUGCGAAGACGAUACGAUUGAUAAAUUCUGGGAUGCUCGAAGCGCAACCAUCAGCCUUCUCGAGGAGAAGGGAAUUAAUGGUGAAUCAACAUUUGGAUAUGACUACCAUUGGCGAGCCGAUGAUUCAUUCCAUCGCAAGGCCCGUUGUCCCGCCUUGAAUUGGAGCAAAUCACUCACCCAUCUGCACAACCAGCUCUCGCUUGACCUUUUAAAGAUUCUUCCGCUACCUUUCGUCAUUGCUGCUUCAAAUUGUACAAGAGACAAUAUACAGAAACACAUGAGAUCGAGAGAUGCAGUGCCUCUUAUCGUCGAACUCAGUCUUGGAGUACGUCUCGUGUUUGAUCUCGACUUUCGUGGUAAAUCUCUACAUCGAAUCAUUAUGUACCUACACCAUCCGAUAGCUGGGUUUUUUGCUAGCAACCAAAAGCGGUCCGCUCUAGGGCUACAGCUCGACUCUGGAGUCAACCUCUUCCUGGAGUUGUUGAAAAUUCCCCACAACCACGAUUUAUUCACCCGCAGCUAUCGAAACCAAUGUCAGCGUCCAAUCAGGACAAGGCGUGCACCGAUCGGCGAGAUGUGGGGCUACAUAAAACAGGAGGCCAGAGAGUCCAGGCUGUUGCAGCUAAGCGAGUACACCCCAAGCUUUCGUAGCUGGGCUGGAAAGUACGUAGGUCAAGAUCCUUCAUCAAUUCUAGUCUCUGGAAGUAGCCUUGCCCGCGCUGCAGCUAAUAUCGUCGUUACGAGAAUUCAUCGGCGGACCAAACUUGAUGAAGCGCGACAAAAGCUGGAUCUGCAAACAAAGUCCAAAAUCUCUAAAAGCCACACGGAGACGGAAAACUUCAACUCGACACAGCUAGAGCGCCAUCCAGCUGGACAUGUAAAGGUCUACAAGAGUGGAAAAGCUAAGCUAUUGUGUUCAAGAAUCCCACUAGGCUUCCGAUUUGGUAAGGAUCAAGCUACAGAAAUUCUUGCCGCCGGCGGAACUCCAGAGAUAUUCUUCACUCCUACAUCGAUUGAAAUUCGCAUCGCGGAUAAGGUUGUCUACGAUAAGCCUCUUGAGCGACUUCUGGCAAGCGCCGAUAAUUCCCUGUGGCUCUGCCAGUUGUUGCAUGAGAAAGAAUCUCUUACCAUGGAGAAGGAAAAGUAUGACAUUGGCACUCCGCACACGGAAUUGAGCAUUAUACCUCACAAAAUGCAAGGAUGUGGUUGGAAAAAUGGAGAACUGAAGAGGGAACUUUCAUAUGGUGAGAAAUUCCAUUGCUCGGAACUUAAGAGGAAGGGUAAAGUUACAGAGAAGCGAGUCUACUUCCGAGGCGUGGGAGUUCGCGUGCCACUAGAAGCCAAGGUUGACACAGUCUCUGUACGUGCUGAUCUCGUUCCGGAUAGCAAACACCAUACUCACCCAUGCACCUUGGGUGGCGGCCAGCCAAGUGACCCAGCCCAUCGACUCGGUAUAGAGGUCAAGUACGAGACUGAGGCAGGGGAUUCAAAGACCUUCUGGUAUAACAGUAACGGUGAUCGCAACAUCAUGAGAUUAAAUUCUCUUACUGACUUUCUCGACGGGAAGGAUGACGACUGGACAGAAAAGCAGCCGAGAAGAUUCUUAGAUAGGGAUCAUGGUCGUCGUAGGUUUCAGAUUUCGUAUACCUCUUAG